AUGACUUUCAGGUCAGGGAAAUGCUUUCCCAGAAGUCUCCACUUCACACCUCACCUGCUGGUGAUUACCCAGUUCCUACGGCCCAUAUCCAAGAAAGUCAUGCUCCUCUGUGUGUCCAUCCCCCUCAACUUUGCUUCAGGCAAGCGCUGCGAUGACUGGGGCCUGGACACCACGAAGCAGACCCAGGUGUACGAGGGGGAGCCGGCCUACAUCCAGUGCCCACUCUUUGAACACUACUUAAAGUUUAACUACAGCACUGCCCACUCAGCUGGCCUAACGCUCAUCUGGUAUUGGACUGGGCAAGACCAGGACCUGGAGGAGCCUAUCAACUUCCGUCUCCCUGACAACCGGAUCAGCAAGGAGAAAGAGCUCAUUUGGUUCCGGCCCACCCUGCUCAACGACACGGGCAACUACACCUGCAUGCUAAGAAACACAACGUACUGCAGUAAAGUAGCUUUUCCAUUGGAAGUCAUUCAGAAGGACAGCUGUUUCAAAUCAGCAAUGAAGGUGCCCACAGAAUAUAUAUAUCUGCAGCAUACUCUGCAGAUUGUGAAGUGUCCAAACAUAGUGGGAUUUUUUCCUCCCAGUGUUAAGCCAAAUAUCAACUGGUACAUGAAAUGUGAGAAAGUGAACAGCUUUAACCAAGUUGAAGUGAAUGGCACUGAGCUCAUCUUCACCUACGCCCUCACUUCCAACUCAGGAUUAUACACAUGCGUUGUGACUUAUCCAGAGAAUGGUCGCAUGUUUAACCUCACUCGAACUGUGGAUGUAAAGGUGGUAGCCUCUCCACACUAUGCAACACCCCCCCACAUUUUUUAUCCCAAUGAUGACAUCAUUUAUGAAAAGGAACCAGGUGAGGAGCUUGAACUUCCCUGUAAAGUGCGCUUUCCCUUCUUGAAAGACUCAAAGAGUGAGAUUUGGUGGACCAUUGAUGGAAGAAAGCCUGAUGAUACCAUGAAUGUAACAGUAAACCAAAGUGAGAAUGUCUCAGUUAUCGGAGAUAAAACAAUAACCAGGGUACUGAGCAUCAAAAAAGUGACCUCUGAUGACCUGAAGCGCAACUACACUUGUCAUGCAAGAAAUGCCAAAGGAGAAUCUGUAAGGCGAGCCACCGUCAAACAGCUAGUUGUACCUCCAAGAUACACCGUGGAACUGGCCUGUGGAUUUGGCGUGACAAUUGUGCUUAUCAUCAUUCUGAUUGUGGUGUACCACGUCUACUGGCUAGAGAUGGUCUUGUUCUACCGGGCUCACUUUGGGACAGAUGAAGCCAUUUUGGAUGGCAAGGAGUAUGAUAUUUAUGUUUCGUAUGCACGGAAUGCUGAGGAAGAGGAAUUCGUCCUUCUGACUCUCCGCGGAGUCCUGGAGAAUGAAUUUGGAUACAAGCUAUGCAUCUUUGACAGAGAUAGCCUGCCUGGGGGAAGUAGGUAUUCCCAUGAGCAAUGGCUGGAGAAGCCAGUUUUCUCAUCCCCAGCUUCAGAAUUGGGAUUAGUAUUGUUUCCUGCUUCUACAUAGGCCCUUCUAAUCAUCCCAUCCUAUCCACCAAACACUCUUGAUGUGCCUACCUCCUAGGUCCCAGUCACUCUCCUGAGCGGCAGCGCUCCAGACAAAAACAGGAUAGCCCCGCCUUCAAGAAGCUUACAUUUCUUCUGGGGUGAAACAACACAGCCACGAUUUAUUUUAA